AUAUCUAUAAAAGCAGUCGUAAUUCAAUAACCUACCUAAUUCGGCAAAAUAUUUUCUCUUUUGUUCAGUUUUAAUAUGAAAAUAAUUUUUUUUAAUCGAAUUUUAUUAUUUACCUGUUGAUGUAGUAAAAAAUUUUUUUUUUUUGAGAAACUCAAAAUGGCAUCUCGUGUUUUAAAACUACUAUCUCCAUCGAAGAAAGCUAUCGACAGCAUCAGGAGAUCUCCGAGUCCCAAAACUUUAAAAAAGAAAAGCCGAUUGGAGAAAGCACAAAAUAAAGAAAAUUUUCUCUCCCCUUUCAAAGUCGAUACGCCAUAUAGGAGAAAAUUAGUCAAAACUGGCCUGGAAAAUCGACAUCCUACUGUUUUAGGUUUUGGUGGGUUUGGAACCGUCUAUAAAGCAUCCUACAAAGGACACAAGGUGGCUGCUAAAAUAAUCGAUCGCAAAAAGCACAGUGAUUUAUCUCUAAUUGCGGAAAAACAUGCAGCUUCCUUAAUUCACGAUAACAUCAUCAAAGUCCUGGCAAUCGAGGAAGGAGAUACUUUAUCGCUGAUAACGAUGGAAUUGUGUACAUCUUCUCUUCAAGAAAGACUUGAAAAAUCUCCUCUGAAAAGGAAGGAAAGGAUUUUUAUCUGGAAAGGAGUUGCUGGUGCUCUCAGAUUUUGCCAUAAUGCAGGAAUUGUGCAUGCAGAUGUUAAACCAAAAAAUAUUUUGAUGGGCGUUGAUGGGCAGCCUAAGCUUGCGGAUUUUGGAAGCUCUAUUCUCAUCAACGAACCCUGUAUUCUACAUACUUUACACGGCACUCCAGGAUACGCAGCACCUGAAGUGGUGCGAGGAAAAUUACCAACUCCGACCGCAGAUAUUUAUUCCUUGGGUGUAGUGGCAUGGCAAAUGGUUUCCAGAAAACCGCCCUUUCAAGGACUCCACGGACACACUAUUUUAUAUAUUACCGGACGAGGAGCAAGGCCAAAGAGUGAAAAUCUCGACGACGAAUUCAACGGAAAGUACAAAGAAUUGUAUACCGAAAUGUGGUCUGAAAAUCCGAGAUCCAGACCCGCCCUAAUUGUUGUUAUUAGCGAAUUGAACAAGCUGAUGCAUCAAAACGAUUAGAAUUUACAAAAAGAGGUAGUUUAUUAUCAGAGAGAAUUUUUUAUAAGUAGAAAAAAAGAGUUGAUGUUCCUGUUUUCUACGUCUCUGGCAUUUCUCCUCCGGGAACGAGCUAAAA